GCCCGGGUGGGUGGGAUCCUCGCCGUCUGGCGCAGGGGAAUCAAUUGUCCUUUUCUGCCUUGUUGAUUGUGUAGUGCUGACUAUCUCUUGUCUAGGCGCAGGUUUUGCUCCCAAACAUACAUCCGAACAUCAACUUUAUUCCCACCCUCGUUGAGACUUGCGACUUGCGAUCGUAAACAUGGCAAAUGUUGAGAAGGCACAGCCAUUUGAAGAUGAAGGCUCGGAUCAUUGCAAUAAUCAACUCAAAGAUAUCGUCUACGAGCGCGUUCUGGCCGAGUGGGAAGAUGUAGGCGCAACUUGUACCCUUGGCUCUGUCUCGGCCGUGAACAAGCAGGAUACCAUGUUGUUGUUGAAAAUUGGGCUUGAUGCUAGCAGUGGAGAGGCCUUUGCACGCUUUUCUCUCCACUUCACUGUCAAGUCUGUCCGCAAGUCUUCUCGGCUACAAGAACUGCUCUUCGUCAUCCCUCUGAAUUCACUGUCAUCUCUGCAGCAAAAGACACUGCCAGCAUCCCAGAUUGAGACACCAGCCAUCGCUUCAGCAGUCAAAGAGGCCGGAUUAUCCGAGGCAGACAUGCUCAUCCGCCUGGACUUUGAUCUCUCCGACGUUGGGUACGUGCUAAUGCCAGUGACCUCGUUGACGAAGAUCAAGCCCAGUACUUCUGUUUCCAGCGAUCUUCUGCGCGGUCUUCAGUCCCUUUCCGGAUCACGGAGCUUCGCCGUCUACGUGCGACCGACCAGCUUUGCCCGGCAUGGUCUGAAGACGGUAUGUGACAGGUUGUCUGCUGGCACGCUUGUCCAACAUCGCGUUGAUUUGGGCAAGAUUUACGAUAGAAAAGAGGCGACUGUAAUCAAUUGGAAUAUCUUCGAUCUCAAUGGCGGACGUGCUCGUGGUUCGGAAAAAGGUGACACUCGUGAAGACAACGCUCCGCCGCCAUACAAGAAGACACUCGUCGCUCGGACACCAACACCUGAGAGAACUGGCCUCCCGAAAGAUUGCUCCGUUGCGUCUUCGCCGUCAGAGACGAGAGUGCUGGAGACGCCUCGCGAAUACAAAAUGACGCCUGUCGACCACGGCUUAGGACUCUUUGACAGAUUUGAACCUCCGCUUUCUUCGCAGAACCUGGAUAUAUUCGCCAGCCGCCGGAAGGGCAAACGUAAGCUCGCCGAUCGCUCGCCAUCACGAGAACGAGAACAAACACAGGCUCUGGAAUCUGAUAAUCAACCUUCUCCUCCUGGCGUUUCAGAUGAUGCGUCUGACGACCAAAUUACUCUUCCUGCUUCACCCAACAGUCCUCAAAUUACGCGUCACCAAUCGCUCAACAUCCAAAGCCCCACCCGGGAAGAGCCAUUCAACACUCCAGCCGUGCAAACCGCCGCGCCACUCAACCGCGAAAUCAGCCCAGAAUUCUCAGCGCACUACCUCGCCUACCAACACUGGCUCACGCGCGCCCUGGGCAUAAACCCGCGCCUCUACGCCCACGCGCGCGUCGCUCCGCAUCUCGAAGCCCUCGGCUCCCACACCCGGCACAAGCGCUUCGCGGAGUUUGUCGCGGCACGCGCGCGCACCUCUGCGGCCUUUAUCUACGACCCACGCGACGAAGCGGAUGAGGCGGAGAUGCGGGCUGCGCGCUUGUACACGCAGGAUAUCGAGGCGCUGGUCCUGUGGGCAAUCACGGCAGGAGCGUGCAUGGACGCGUUGUUCAUGGGGAAGUGGCUGGAGAUGGGUAGGUGUGCGAGGGAGGAGGUGCGGAGGGAUAAAGACCAAGUCCUGGAGCCUGUGGGGGAGGCAUACGUGAGGGCCAAGGCGUUUUUGGUCGAGAUGGUGUUUACGGUCGAUGAUGGGUUUGGGGGGCAAGAGGAGGGGACGGGAGGGGAGGCGCUGGGGUAGGUUGGUGGUUAAGCCUUCUAGUCGCGAGUGCUGCCUCUAUAUCCCCCUGCGAGGUGCGCUGUGGGAAGUGUUCUGAAGGUCUGGCAUGCAUAUUCACACGCUCCACUUCCCUCCGCGAGCACGUCUGCCUCAUCUACCCUCGCCAUCAUCACCACCGCUCCCUCUCCGACGGCACACCCACCACAACAUCAGCAGCCCUACCCAACACACAUAGGUUGUACACACGACAGUGCUCGCCGCCUUACCCUACGAGACACUCAACGUGCGCGUCGUUCUGCAUAAUCAUCGCCCCCGCGUACAGCAAUACUAUCUACGGCCUUAACGCCGCCGCCCUGCCGGCGCGGGUUUUCCCGGCGUCAAGAUGAUCUUGG